AUGGAACCCGAUGUCGAUCCUGCAGGUGCCGAAUGCCCUGCGGAAAUACCAGAUGAAGUUCUUCCUCGUUGUGACCCCUGCGACAGUGAAACAAAAGAGGUAUGUGUAAAGUCUUCCUUCUUGGACGUAGUAACUGAGGAAAAGAAAAAAGGGAAAGUUUCCUCCAAGGGGGGAAAAAAGGGAAAUGGCAUGAAGACCUCGAAAGGGGGGAAGAAAAAAAGGCGAGAAAAAAAAACGAAAAAUGAGGAAAUCCCCUCAGGGGGGUCUUCAUCCUCCGCUUCAAAUGAUGAGCACGAAUCAAACGACAGCGCCGACGCAGAAGAGGUGAUCAGCUUCCUCUCAAAUGUAAGCACAAAUAUAACCACCCUAUGCAAAAAUAAUGAGGGACAUAGCACCAAAAAGAAGGAGGGUGUAUAUCUGAAGAAAGAACUCCAAAGGGUGCUAAAGUUCAUCAAGACAAAUGAACAAAAACAUAGAGAGAAUGAAGAGCAUAUAAAAGACCUAAAGGAGAAGACAGAAAUGUACGCAAUUAAAAAUAAGGAAAUUAAAAAAUGCUACGAAGAAGGAAAAAAGAAUAUCCAAAUUUUACAAGGAGAGUCGGACAAACUCCAUAACCUAUUUGAUAGCAAUCAGAAGAAGGAAGACAAGUGGAAUGCCGAGAGAGAAAACUAUUUGGAAGACAUAGAGUCCCUGAAAACUCAUAUAGAAGAGUUAGAAAUCAAGGUCGAAAAAAAGAACAAUGAAAUUGAAGGGCUCAAGAGGGAAAAUGAACACAUCCUCUUAAAGGUUGACAACCUAGAAAAGAACAGUAAAGAAUUAAAAAAUGAAAAUAUGGAAAUGCGUGAAAAUCUUAAUGGGAUGAAAAAAGAAAAUGUAAAGAAGAACAUCACCAUAGAUAAUUUGAAGAAAGAAUUGGAAGAGAAAAAAAAGUUAGAUGAAGAAUAUAACAAGGACAAAUUGCUCAUCGAAAAAAACACGGAAAUUUUAAUAGAGGAAAGAAACUACAUCAACGAGGAGUUGAUAAAAACACAAAAGUUAUUGGAAAAUCAAAUUAACAAAAAUAGAGAUCUACAGAAUUGUAAGACUAACCUUCUCGAAAAGGUCGACUUUCUAGAAAAAAAACAAAAAGAUCACUUAAAAAAAAAUGCCGACUUGGAGAAAAAGCUAGACGAUUUGAACAAAAAAAAUAAACUCCUAAUGAAUGAAGCGAAAAUGAAGGAGAACGAAAUUGCCAACAACACCUCCGUCAUUAAUGCCCUCACAAGUGGGAAUUCAAAAAUGAAGGUAAAGCUAGACCAGGAAUGCUUCAAGAUAAAACAGAUGCAGAAGGAAAAUAAAGCGCUAACUAUUAAUGUUAAAUCACUCACAUAUGAAAUUCAAAAUUUACUGAAACUAACCGAAGAUAUCAGAACCAAGUAUGAAAAUCAGAAAAAAGAAAUUAAUGACCUCAUGGUAGAGAAGGAACAAACCAAAAAACUCAUUGAAAAAAUAGACGAAGGUAUUAAGAAAAGUACAGAAUCUGCGAAGAAGGAAAAAAUGUUCAACAUAAAUCUUGAGAAAGACAUGAAAAAGAGCACAGAAGAAAAAAACAAAUUGAAUGAAGAAAUACAAUCCCUUGCUAAACAGAAAGAAAAACUAAUACAAGAAUUAUCAAACACGAGUAGUAAAAUUAUAAACAGUAACAACGAGCUGAUAAAUAAAGACUGCAAAAUUGGGACUUACCUUAAAAUUAUCAAUUCGUUGAAAAACGAUCUAGCCAAGGAGAAGGCCGUUUAUGAAAAUAUUAAAAGCGAAAAAAUUAAUACUAAUAAAAGUCUCACCGAAAUUAAGGAGAAAUUGUCUACUCUGGAAGAAAGACACAAGAUACAGAACAACGAAUUGGAACAGAUAAAAAAUGAAAAAAAAAAUCUAGAAGCAAAAAUGGCAGAUUCCAUGGAGGAUAAAAAAAAUGCCAUAAGUCAGUGUGAAAAAAUAAGGGAACAAAUGGAAAAAUUGAAAAAUCAUCAUGAAGAUAGCAAAACGAAGCAACUCCACGACAAAAAGACCAUAGACCAAUUAGACUUUGAAAUUAAUAGCCUAAAUAACAAAUUAAAAAACUAUGAAAAAAGUGUCAACCAAAAUAAGAAGGAAAAAGAUCUCCUAAACAACGAAGUGAAGGAAAAAAAUGAACAUAUAGCAACAUUGAAGGAAAAGCUGAAGCUACUGCAAAUAUCGCAUGAUAAACUGGACAUCGAUAGCAAAAACUAUUUGCAAGAAAUUAAAAACUUGAAUAAAAAAGUUGGAAACUUAAAAUGCUCGUCCGAUCUUUCCAAUGUGUCCAAGGAAGAACUAAACAGUACAAAGCUACAAAUUAACUCGCUCAAAAAGGAACUAAUCAAUGAACAGAAUAGAGUUAAAACGUUAUCGGAGGAGUUGGAAAAACCAAUAAACAUACACAGGUGGAGAAACAUCGAAGGGAACGAUCCCACUGCCUUCGACUUGAUACAGAAACUUAGAUGUGUACAAAAAAAGUUAAUAGAAAAAACGGAGGAAUCUAUGAAGAAAAAUAGCAUAAUACAAUUGAAGACCAAAGAAUGCGAACAUCUGCAACAACAGCUAGGCAACCUAUCCAAACAACCCGAUGCGCAGGAUGUCACUCAAAUACGCAAGAAGCUCCGCGAGAAAGAGACACUCAUCAAAUCCCUCACGGCAGAGAUUUCCAUGUAUCAGGAAGAAACCGAGAAGAAGGCCACCCGACGGGGUUAA